AUGUCAGAGGAGAAGAAGUCCAGUCUUGACAUUGCGCAAACGCCGCCUGAUCGUGGGGUUGGGGAUGCAGAAGCAAUCGCGUAUGACAAGGAGGUUGAGAAUGAAUUCGAAGUCUUCAAAAAGGGCGAAGGCGUUGACUUCAGAACAGUCAGCUGGGUCAAAGCAACAGUCAUCUUCCUGAAAAUCAUCUUCGCCACCGGUGUCCUGUCCAUCCCAACGGCCAUGUACACUCUGGGCGCCGUCGGCGGAGCCCUCUCAGUCGUCGGAUGGGGAGCCCUAAACACCUACACCGCCGCCAUCCAGGGCGACUUCCGCAACAAACACGCCCACUGCCAUUCCAUCGCCGACAUGGCCGAGCACGUCGGCGGCCCCGUCUGCAAAGAAAUCGCCGGCGCUCUCUUCAUCAUCGCCUACGUCCUCUGCACCGGCUCCGGCAUCAUCGGCGUCUCCACCGCCCUCAACGCCCUCUCCACCCACGCCGCCUGCACAAACUGGUGGGCGCUCCUCGCCACCGGCGCCAUCAUCCUCCUCGCCUCCAUCCGCAAAUUCGAGCGCCUCGCCCCCCUCACCUGGGCCGGCUUCGUCUCCAUCUUCGCCGCCGUCCUCACCGUCGUCAUCGGCGUCACCACCCUCUCCCGGCCCGCCGCCGCUCCCCCCACCGGCCCCUACGACCUGGGGUACCACGCCUUCCCUUCCCCGCCGCCGAGCUUCGCCGCCGGCACCGCCGCCUCCGCCACCAUCUUCGUGUCGAGCGCGGGCACGUCGGCGUUUUUGCCGGUCGUGAGCGAGAUGCGCCGGCCGCGGCGCGACUACCCGCGCGCGCUGCUCGCCUGCAUGGCGCUCGUGACGGCCGCGUACCUCGCCUUCUCGUCCGUCGUGUACGCGUGGUGCGGCAAGUGGGUGGCGUCGCCGUCGCUGGGGUCGGGUGGCCCCCAGGUCAAGAAGGCGGCGUACGGGGUCGGCGUCGUGGGGUUGCUCGUGUCGGCGUGCCUGUAUCUGCACGUCGCGGCCAAGUACGUGUUUGUGCGCGCGCUGCGCGGGACGCGGCACCUGCAGGAGGGGACGGCGGUGCAUUGGGCGACGUGGCUGGGCAGCGUGGUCGGGCUGGGGGCGGUGAGUUUUGUGCUGGCGCAGAGCAUUCCGAUUUUUAAUUAUAUACUCGCGUUGACGGGGACGGUGUGUUUUGCGCCGUUGGCCAUCAGUUUGCCGGGGUGGUUGUGGCUGUUUGAUCAUGGGGGGUGGAGGAAGGGGAUGGGGUGCAGGAAGGCGGUGGGGUAUUGGUUGCAUUGGGGGCUGGUUGCGCUGGGGCUGUUUUUCUUGGUCGGCGGUACGUAUGCCGUCGUGAGGCAGAUUACUGAUGCGUAUGCUGAUGGGACCAUUGGCUCGGCAUUUUCGUGUGCGGACAAUUCGGGGUCUACUUAG